CGGGGGUGGUACUUUAGUACGAAGUACGAACAGAAGUGGGCUUUGAGGUGUCGUGGAUGGUGCUUCCAGCGCCCAGAGGCCGCAACACAGGUCCAGCCCGGCGGCACUUUGCCCGCUGAGGUGCCACUGCUGACAGGUCGUGUGGCGCAGACUGACAGGGCAUCUAGUGGAGAGGCGGGGCGGGCAGCCAGCCCAGCCCAGCCCAGCCCAGCCAGCACCAGCGCGGGGGGGAAGUGGACUACUACGAAGAUACCUCGCAUCGCCUAGUAUGAGUAUGAGAGCCUCUGACGAGGGCGGGAGAGCAGGGCUUCCAGGUACGUUCAUGGUGACCACUGACCGCUGGCCACGGACAGCCACCACCACCAUCACCGCCGCCCCCUCUUGCUGCCGCGACAUGUCAAGUUCCUUCUCCAGGCAUCAGCCCGCCUCGGACCGCAGCAUGGCAGCCGGCUGCAUUGUGGCUGACUGCCUGGCCGUGAAUAUAUAUUCACGGCCAUGACCCCAACGCCUGGUCCGGCACAAGGCCCAGCAUUCUCGCGCUCCAUCACUUACACAAGGGAACGAUCAUAUCGCCCUGGCCCCUGAGCAGCGACGAAGCCCAAGUCUUACAACCGCCUCUACCGUCCCCUACGCCGACAUUAUGCGCUCGUAUGACAAAGUCGACGACGACAAUGGUGUCGUAACGGUCGAUGAGAGUUCCGACGCGUAUUCCGAUAGCAGCGUUCGCUCUCGAGACCGUCGCCGCAAAGCCAACACCGAUCCCGCGCGGUCCCCCUUUGCCUGUCAAGAUGGCAACGUCCCCGACGUCGUCUACUCCUUGAAGAGGUUCGGCAAGUUCGACCGCCUCAUUGACCGUCGCGUGAGUGACAAGCCGUACGACAAGGACGACAUGUCGGAAGACGUCGAUGUCGCGUACGAUGGCGAAAAGCCCGUCAUAGAGAUCCUCACAAAGACGUACUCGCGUCGACGAGAAGGACGCCCGGGCGUGACGACUCAUCCUUCUCGUUAUGUUCCCCGACGACGCUCUCGCUCCAGGUCCGGUUCCGUUGACUCUGUGGAGAGUGGGUACGACUCUGGCCAGACUGCUGCCGUCCAAGUCCGCAGCCCUACCAUGAUCAUACACUCGGAGCACCUCGCAAACGCCCUCCGAGCCGUUGUGGCCUACUACCCCAACGUUGACUUAUCCGGCAGCCCGCCCGCUUUCAAGGCUCCUUAUCGGCCCCUCUACCACCACCGCCGCGAGCUGGCAGAGUAUCGCAACAACCAGCCGUCCUGUCAUGAUGCCGACUACGCCGAGACGACGACUCGGCACAUCGAUGUGCUCCUACGCUUCCUCGCCGACAAUCUCGGGGACGCCAUCCGCCUUGAGGAGGAACGCCACGCUCUUGAGACGCCGCUGGCGACGCACCAGUACUUCUGGCUGCUCCUGAAGCCGGGAAUCGUCUUCUAUACCAAGAAGCACCACAUAUGGACCGCGUACGUUCUCAGCAGCUUCUCGUCCCCGCGGGGUAGCGAUGGCGCCUACCGCGUCACCGGCUGGCUCCUCGAGUCCGAUGGCCACCGCCUGGAGCGCAAUCUCGAGGAAUUCACCGUGUCACGCUGGCAGGGAGAGCAGCCCAUCGCCAGCCUAUCCCUUGUGCCCGAGUCGUUCUGGGGCGAUGAUCUCGCGGCCCAGGGCGGUCUCACCAUGCGCGAAAAGCAAAUCAAAGAGGGCAAGCUGUGCUGGGAGCUGCUCAAGCGUCCCACGUACAUGCAGUACGACGGUGAGCUGAUCGGCUCCUGGCCCGGCGAGGAUGAGCAGCGGGCCGACCAGACGGGCUUCAUGAGGGGCCGCGUCAUCUGCGACGACGCCGGCUUCAGUAGGUUCUGGGGCUUUGCCACAGAACACUCCGGCCGCUCCCGGAGUCCUUCGUAUGGUCGGAGCAAAUACCUGCCACGGCCCGUCGAUGCUCCCGCGCGCGACCAUUUGCCCACCGCCCUGCCGCGCUGCGGCUGCCGAGUCUGCUCAGGAGACAGGCCGAACAAUCGCACCGACAGCAGCCCCUAUCGUGGUCUCGAGGGUCUUUGCCCCAGCAAGGAUACUCCCCCAGACAACAGCGACCUGUUUUACCUUGUGCUUAGCAAAGCUAUCCCAGGCUUCGUGCUCGGCACCCGUCGCUGGGGCAAUCUCUAUGUCGGUAACCUCAAGCCCGUGGAGACGGACAAGGAUGCCUUCAAGUACCUCGUCGUCGACGACGACAUCAAGCGCACCGUCCAGGCGCUCGUCGGACAGUUCGCGUCGAAUUCGACGGGCGACAAUCUCUCGCCGUGGGGCAACGAUUUCGUGCGCAACAAGGGCGAGGGUCGCAUCUUCCUGCUCCACGGGCAGCCAGGUGUCGGCAAGACUUGCACGGCCGAGUGCAUCGCCGAGCAGUCCGGCCGGCCACUCAUCGCGCUCACGGGCGGCGACCUGGGCAGCGCGCUGUCGCACUCGCAGAUUGAGCGGCGCCUCAACUACUUCCUCGAGCUGGGCCAGCGCUACGGCGCCCUCGUCCUCGUCGACGAGGCCGACGUCUACCUGGAGCGCCGCCGCGCCAGCGACCUGUCGCGCAACGGGCUCGUCUCCGUCUUCCUGCGCGCCCUCGAGUACUACCGCGGCGUCCUCGUCCUCACCACCAACCGCGUGCGCGCCUUCGACACCGCCUUCCUCAGCCGCAUCCACGUCGCCCUGCACUACAAGAACCUGACCGACGAGCACCGCGAGCGCAUCUGGACGCACAACUUUGACCGCCUCGCCCGCGACUCGGCCGGCCGCGUCCGCGUCAGCGAGGCCGCCAGGGCCUACGUCUGCAGCGACCGCGACGUCCGCCGCAUCGCCUGCAACGGGCGCGAGAUCCGCAACGCCAUGCAGACGGCCCUCGCCCUGGCCGAGAGCGACGCCAAGGACGACGGCGUCCCCGACGGCGUCGUGACCCUCUGCGAGAAGCACCUCCGCGCCGUGCUGGACAUGACGAGGAGCUUCAAGGACUACGCCGCCCAGUGCGUGAGCAACGUCUUGCCGCACGGCGAGCAGGCCGAGUAUGAGGGGUCCGAGCACGGGCUCCCGGUCGACCAGAUACCCGAGGUGUACUACAACUCGUCUGAUGACGACCUCUGAGCAGGUUGCGCGUGCGCAACGUGGUAAGAGAAAGAAUGGAAGAGCCCAGUAGUGUUGGUACGCAUGGGGGCAUGCAGAUUGUAGGCAAGGCGCCCCCUUCUGAGUCACAGACUCGCAACGUUUUCACGGCCUCGUUAUGAGCCCUCUUCGACACGCAUCAUGUGCGGUUGUCGCGACACGUUUAAUUAUGUUCUUUUGUCACACAAGUGUGUUCGUUCUAUAGCAAAGUGACGGCUUCCAAUAAAAUUUCCCAAUUCCAGC